CACUGCGUACCUUUUUUAGGUGAAGGAUAACUAUUGAUUCUUAGCUUCGAGGAAUCUCUUACUUUAUGAAUGCUGUAAAAAUGAAGGUCUGUUGCUGAGCGGUGGCGUGGUCUCUGGCGGUGGUUGUUUACAUGACAUGAACCCUGAGCGUCGUGAAAAGCAAGAUAACACGUUACCUCCUGAUCCCAGAAGUCCAGGUUCAUCUUCCACAGCGCUUUCCCUGGUUGAAUUUAGGCCGAUGAUGAAAGUUCCGCCAGCAUCUUCUCUUCAGGCCGGGCGAUCAAUCCCAGUGCAUUGCAUCGUUGAGCAGGUCACUCCCCAAGGUCAAUCAGUGGAUUUAUCCCAAGCAGCCGUGGACCUCGAUAAUUAUGCCAUUAUACCUAGUAAUGCUCUCUUUUCAGAAAUUGUCCGUACGGCACUCAACAAACUCGGUUACUCCUCGUCUGAAGCCUUGGCUGCCAAAGGUGCUAUUCAGUUGAAAAACUGGAAACCUCUCACAUUCGAUCAAAUUACUGAAUCACCCGAAGCCACUGUAGGAGAUAUACUUGGUGAACUCUCUACUGUAGCUACUCUGAGAAUACGGUUGUAUAGUCGACCCAAGCUGCACAGUGCUAAUGAUGUUAAGGAAAAAUUGUUACAAGUCCUCUUGGCUCAAUCCCAGAAUCUCUUGGUCAGUUCCGGUUGCCCCAUCGACCAGGUGAGUAGUGUACUCGCGGCUCUAACUAAAGGACGACUCGAAUGUGACAUACCUGAUGAAACUAGAAAAAAGUUCGACCAGUGGUACCUUCAGCAAGUUUUUCAGCAUUGCAGACAAGUUGCGUUAUUGCAGCAACAGCAUCAGCAGCAACAACAGCAGCAGCAACAACAACAACAUAUUCAUCAUCAUCAUCCCCAUCACCCAGCAAUUGUUCAGUCAGGGGAAUCAAUACCUGUUGCAGGUAGUCCUCCUCAUACUCCGCAGGAUUUAGUAGCACGGGUAGCAAUAGCUGGACCUCAAUCUCAAGGUCGAACUCGAAUUAGAACAUCAUUUGACCCUGAACUUGAGUUACCCAAAUUGCACCGUUGGUUUGCUGAAAACCAACACCCUUCUCGUCUACAAAUACAACAGUAUGUGAGAGAACUGAACUCUCUUGAAUCUCGUCGGGGUAGAAAACCUUUAGAUGUAAACAAUGUUGUGUAUUGGUUUAAGAAUGCUAGAGCUGCCCAUAAGCGAGCUGAACAAAAGUGCUGCUCGGAAAGCAAUGGAGUUCGCAGUCCUGGUGCUGAUACAGGCGUUGAAAGUAGGUCUUUAGUCUCUGAAUCAGUCAGCUGUCGACCGCCCAAUGAAAAUGAAGGAGAAAGAUUCAGUGGUGGAGAGAGUCCUUCUGAAUCACAAGCAAAUAGCUCUGAUGAUUCAGAUAAUGUGCAUACACUUGAUCUUUCCAUACGCCGUUGUCAUAACUACAGUCUUAUUAGUGAAACAGAGCAUAACGAACCUCAAAUUGAACUAAGAAUCAAAGAAGAGCCAAGGGACUCUAGCAGUGAGCAUUCCAUCGAAUCAAGUGACAGUGGUGAUGAAGAGGUUGACAUCAUGGAAGAUAUGAGUGUAACAACUGAUGAACCUGAGAAUAGAGAGGACUACAAUGACACGAUGCAGCAGAAUGGUGGUAUGCCUACACACGACAGUAUAGUGUCUUCAGAAGGAGAUUUAAGUCGGCAAGCUAGUACAUAUCCUGGUCGUGUGUUAGGUCGCUUGGAGGAGCGGAGAAAACGAAAUAGAACUUUUAUUGACCCUGUAUCUGAAGUUCCAAGGUUGGAACAGUGGUUCUCUGCUAAUACUCAUCCUUCUCAUAGCCAAAUAGUGCGCUUUACCCAAGAGCUCAACAGCAUGCAGUACAGGCAAAAAUUUCCAAAACUUGAACCUAAGAACAUUCAAUUUUGGUUUAAGAAUAGGCGGGCCAAAUGUAAACGACUUAACCUAGCUGCUAAUUUGCAGAAUAUUAGUUGUUCAGACAAAAUGAUAUUGCCAGCAAAUUAAAUGAGCUGGAAUCGUUCUUAUUUAUAUCUGGUGCUCUCAUAAUGUUAUAACCUUAAUCAUAUUCUAGCCAAACGUGACAAUGGCUGGAACAGUCACUUUGUGUAGUAAUUCAUAAUAUGUGGGUUAAUAUAAAUAUUUGCCAAAAGAAUGUAAGCAAAAAUUCCCUCAGAAUUAUGAGGAAAGGGGAUAAUGUGUGCAAUUCAUGAUGUAUUGUACAUAUAAUAUUUCCUGUUGAUUUUACUAGUGUGAUAGUUUUUUUUUUUUUUUUUCCCUGUAUCAUUUGCCAAUAUUCUAUUACAGGUUCUGCCACACAAAAUUGGAAAGAAAAAAAAAAAAAAAAAAAAAAAAAAAAA